AUGCGGGGACGAACGACAUCAGGCUGUGGCAGACGGAGUACAUCUCCUGACAAUAACAACGUUAAUUAUAAUCAAUGUUCAAUUAAUAGUCCAGCACCUGUAAUACAUACUAUAGAGACUGUGUCUGUUCCCCGAGCUAUAAAAAUACAGAGAAAAUCUCGGAAAGUCUGUCUUCGUAACCUAAUUAACAUAAAAUUAAAUCAUAUUGAAUACACAGCCAGCACUUUUAAUCUGAAGCUAGGACUAUUAAACAUUAGAUCUCUUGCAUCUAAGGCUCUUAUUGUUAACGAAAUCAUUACUGAUCAGGAAUGUAAUUUUUUGUGUUUAACAGAAACUUGGAUUAAACCAAACGAGUACAUAGCAUUAAUUGACGCCAGUCCUCCUGGAUACAGUUAUGUACAUCAGCCUCGUUCAAUUGGUAGAGGAGGAGGUGUUGGUCUCAUCUAUAGUAAAAAUCUAGUCGUCACACAAAAACCUAGUUAUAAAUUUAAUUCUUUUGAAAUUCUUUAUACCGGUAUAAGUUAUGUAGCCACAAAAAAUAAGUCAAUUCCUCUAAUUAUUAUUUACAGACCCCCAGGGCCAUAUACUGAAUUUCUUAGUGAAUUUGCAGACUUUGUCUCAAACCUGGUUGUGUCUGUUGAUAAAGCAUUAAUCGUCGGAGAUUUUAAUAUUCAUUUUGAUAACCUGGAAGACCCUCUAAGAAUAGCGGUUGUGUCCAUCUUAGACUCAGUAGGGAUUAAUCAGAACGUAAUCGGGCCUACUCAUAAUGGUGGUCACACUCUUGAUCUGAUACUAACAUACGGAUUAAGUAUAGAAAAUAUUGUAAUUUUUCCGCAGUCUGAGGUUGUCUCAGACCAUUAUCUUAUCUCGUUCAUAAUACAUAUUGAUCAUAAUAUUUCCACCUCGCCUUGCUACCGCGUAAAAUGUACCUACGCAUCAGCUACUGCACCAAGCUUCAUAAAUAACCUCGCAGAAACAUCAAUUAGAUUUGGAUCACCGUCAGAUCCGAUAGAACUCAAUCAGGCGACUGAAAGCUUGGAGUCAACACUCCGCUACACGCUAGAUAGAGUGGCUCCACUCAACAGAAAAAUAAUUAGAGAGAAAAAAUUAGCACCCUGGUAUAACGAUCAAACGCAUACCUUAAAACAGACAACUCGACAAUUAGAACGUAAAUGGCGUCAAACCAAACUGGUGAUAUUCCAAACAGCAUGGAAGGAGAGCCUACUGAAAUAUAGAAAAUCUCUUGGCGAUGCUAGAAAAAUCUAUUUCUCCACCUUAAUAGGAGAUAACAAAAACAAUUCUAGAUUCCUAUUCAACACGGUAGCAAAAUUAACUAGAAUAAAACCACUACAGAGAGAAACACUCAAUCAUUACAUAGCAGUGAAGAUUUCAUGAAAUUUUUCAUUGAUAAGGUUGAAAAUAUUAUACGUGAAAUACAGGC